GUUCAUGUCUCCGGCCUCCGACGGGGGACAGCCCGUGCAAGCUUACACGAUCCACGGGGAAGAAGAGCUUUGCGAGGAUGCUCCAGAUGUUGAAGAUGCGACAGAGAGCCUUCCCAAGUCAGGGGCCAUCCUCCGAUCCAUCCAGGUCAUGGCAUCUUCCAUGUCCUGGUGUGCAGAUGUCUCCAGUCACUUUCCGCCGCCGGGCAGCCUGUGCUCGUGUCACAUUGCAGUGGAUCCGAAUCGCACAUACAUCUUCUCGGUGGAGGCAUCUAACGGACCUCGGAGCAGCAUUUCACCUCCCUCAGCGCCCGUCUUCGUUCCGGCACGGGUGCCGCAGAAGCCAAGUGCUCCGGAGGUGUCACUCUUCGAUGGGACUUGUGCAGACCUUCAGUGGAAGGGUUCAACCUUUGGUGGCGGAUUGCCGUUGGACGGAUUCAAGGCCCCGCAGGAUUGCGUUUUAGAUCGGCUUUGGCCAUCUUUGGGCCGUGGGACGCUGGAAGUCGUCGUGCCCCAGUUGCAGAAAGUGCCCACACUUGCCGAAAGCUACGCUUCAGACCUGUGUCAGAUUGGCGUGGUUGUCAGCUCCGACACGGCGGGUGCCGGGCCCUUCCCAGUGCAGCAGAGCUAUCCAGAAACCUACGGACCUACGGCAAGUGCCGCCUCCCAGUCGUCGCCGACCCAGCUUGAGUCUGGAACGGGGCAUCGCGUCUGGGAGUUUGGGACAUCUGUGGGGAUGCGCGACUUGGCUGCUUUGCAUGGCUACUUGUUCUCUCAUGCGGGGAAGACGUGGCGGAGCAACCAGCACACGGCUCUGACCCUCAGUGCAGCCGGUGUCCAAGACGGUGACUUGGUGGAGUUUGUUGGCGACUUUGAGCCGCUGGCAGGUGACGAGCCGGCGGACUCCGUUAGCGACUGUGCCGGUGGAAGCCGGGCCAGCACCGCCAAUGGCAGAGAUGCCGGUUCCAAGGAUUCCCCAAAGGAGGGUGCGAGGCCCGGCUCGAGAGGUGUGGGAACACCCCAGGGCACGAAGAAAGACGCCGGUGCCACGGAGUCCCCGAAGGAGGGCACACGGCCCGUGAGAACGCCAGAGGGCUCGAGGGGUGUGAGAACGCCCGAGAGCACGAAGAAAGAUGCCAGCGUCAAGGAUUCCCCGAAGGAAGGUGCGAGGGCUGCGAGAACGCCGGAGGGUUCGCGGGGUGUGAGAACACCCGACGCUACCAAAAAAGACACAGUCGCGACGAGCGAGAGCACACCAGCUGCUGACGGUGCCGUUCCUUCAGCCCCCGCUGCACCCGCCCCAGUUGCAAAGGCCCAGAUUCGGGUUACGCUGAUCGAUCACAAGAAGCGACAGCGCGAAUGCGUCGGCAGGGCUUCACUGGAAACCUGCGUCUGGGACUUCGGUGUGUCUGUGGGUAUGGACCAUUUGGCGACAUUGCAUGGAUACCUGUUUACCUAUGCCGGACAGACGUGGCUCAGCAAUGGGCCGAAUAAGCACCAGUCGCUGACUUUGGCCGCAGCAGGAGUCCAGGAUGGUGAGACGGUGACCUUCGCCGGUGACUUCGAGUCCGUCUAUUUGAAUGUGACCCUGGCAGACAACGUCGUGAGCCGCCAGAGAUUUGGAAAAGCUUCCGCCCUGACCUCCGUGUGGCUCUUCGGGGAGCUCUUGGGCCUAAGGACCCUGGAGGCCCAGCUCGUGCCAGGAUGCGGCUACACCUUCCGGAAAGACGGAGGUCCCACAUGGAGGAGCAAACAGUAUCCCAACCUGACGCUUGCAGCGACUGCCGUUAAGAGCGGAGACUGGGUCGAGUUUGCAGUCGAGGUCCCACCGGAACCCAAAGAAGAGUGA